AUGGGAAUUAAGUUCCUGGGUCCUUCCCAAAAGCAGACAAUGGGGAUAUCCAAGACCUCCAGCAGGACGGUCUUCCUGUUCUGGGACAUCCAGGUAUUGUUACACAGCACUGACGAGUUCGGGAUCAUCCAGGAUAACACAUAUGAGUGGGGCAAGGGAUUUAAUCCACAACAAACCACAGGACUGGAGACAAAUGAUCCCGGGAAGCAGAUGAAUUGGGGAGAGUUCGUGGACAAAAUUUUAGAGAAAGUGGCUGGGCAGGUCUUAUCAAGGAAGGGCAACGAAAUGAAUAACCAUCAGUGGACCAGACAAGAGUGGGCAAGUGCUCUGGGACAAGAUGAAGGCGUCAACACCCCCCUGGACAAAUGCCCUUCAGGUAAACGAAUAUUAUUCGUGAUAAUGUGUAUAAUAACAGGAUUGAUUGAAGGGCAGACUAACCAGACGCAAAUUUUUAUCGACAGAGCAAAGGGGUGUCAUACCGUUGAUACGGGUCUAGAAUUCACACGCAAGAACUGGACGGAGUGGAUAGGGCAUGGAGGAAACAGGAGCCAGGGACAGAUGGAAAUCUGUUCCCAGAGUGGGGGAUAUGAUGGUUGUCAGCACGCGUCAAUAGCCUUAAUAUUGAGUAUUUACCAGGCGCUAAGGGGAUUCUGUCCACAGUGUGGCCCAUAUAAGUUGAGUUAUUGGCUCAAAAGAAGCGCGGAUGAGGUUGAGUCAGAGGGAGAGAAGUAUUGUUAUUUUAAAGAAAGAGAUGAAAUAUGUAACGACUCAGACUCGUCAGAUCAUCCCAGACAAGUGUUGAUCACAAAGGGAGAAAAAUUAAGCUUCCUGGAUAGACAGCAGGUCCAUGACAUCGCCGAGGUGUUAAGAUCUAAGUCGAAAAAGCAGGAAAUACUUCUAGAGCCAGUAGUUCUGUUACCAAAGCCUUCGGAGAACUCCAUUCCUAGCGCAUGCAAUGGCACAACCUCUGAGGAAAGUAGAAUCAAAUGCAGAGAUGAAUUCUCAAAAGAAGUUUCGGUCUCACCGGAGCACACCACCGAUUCGGAGUCUUCCGCGUUAGCAGAUCAAGAAAAGGGCUUAGUAAAGCAGCUGAAUAGGCAGGGGAAGCCCCAAAACGGUGAAGUUAAAACAUCAAUGUCCGAUGUCCCACCUGUGGGAGGGUUAUUGAGCGGGCGCUCAGAAGAAGAUAAAAGUGAUAUGGAAGAUAAGAGGCUACCCCCUUCCGAGGAUUCGUCACCAGAAGACGUGAAAACCUCAGGAUUGGAGUUCCUAUCGAGUUUAUUGGAGAGUUGGUCAUUACUAGCAGGAGGAGUGAUUGUGAUAUGUCUAAUAGGGAGCAGUGCUUAUGGUUUAUGGAGGAUCUUCAGGGGUAAAGGAAGGAAGAGCAGGGGAGUAAAAGGUGCGGGCAGAAGGAACAAAUAUGAAGUGGCUUAUAGAUAA